GACAUAACCUCCAUCAAGUGGGCAAAUAUUGUGCAAUUUCUGUCCGGAAAGCGGAUUUUCCGCAAUUUUUUUCUUAUUUGAGACUGUAAAAUGGGUGUUACGGGAUUGUGGAAGUUACUUGAACCUUCAGGAAAGCCAGUGCCAUUGGAAACUCUGGAAAACAAAGUACUGGCCAUAGACAUCUCAAUUUGGCUGCAUCAGGUUGUGAAGGGAUUUCAGGAUUCCAAAGGUGGUACCAUACCACAUGCUCAUCUAUUGGGUCUCUUUCAUCGCCUCUGUAAGUUACUUUUCUACCGGAUAAAGCCGGUUUUUGUAUUUGAUGGCGGAGUCCCUGCCCUAAAGCGUCAGACAAUCAAGAAACGCCAUGAAACCAAGAAGCAAUUCCUCAACACAGCCGAUCGCCUGCAGGAAUUGCUUCUCGAGGCCCUGGCUAAAGAAAAAGUUGUGCAGCAGGUUCUAGGAGACAGUGCUCCUUUGCUGACUAAAUCUCCAAAGAAGAAGGUUGAGGAGGAGCAAAAACCCAACAGGGAUGACAUGUUCAAGCUUCCACCAUUAGAAAGUCCUCCCACGACAUCCCUGGAUGAUACUUUUGAGGAGAAAAAGGUAUCAGCUCUGAAUCUUCAUUCCGUGGAUGUAAACAGUGCGGCAUUUAAGGCUCUCCCUGCGGACAAACGCUAUGAAAUCCUCACGGACAUCAAGGAGACGAGGAAACAAUCGUCCUGGGGAAGAUUGCAUGAACUUCCUGUGCAGAGCAAUGAUUUUGCAAAUUUCCAAAUGGCCAGGCUGUUGAAGAGAAGACAAGUUCAGCUGUCCCUGGAGGAGGCUGAGAAGGAUAUGGGAGGAGUUACACUGUCAUUCUCAGAAUUGGAGAAAAUGCUGACAGAGGAAGGUGUUCUGGCUGCAGCCUCUAAGGACAAGGGUCAGAGAAUUGCCAAUGACAAUGUGACGAAAUUUGUUUUCGUCCGGGAUCUCAAGAAAGCCUUCGAAGAGGCCAAGAAAACCGAAGCAAAAGAUACUGGAGAGUCUGGACAAAGUUCAAGUACCUCGAAUUCAGAACCUUCAGAAUUGGGAACAGAAUUUGAGAGUGAUCUUCAAAAGGCCAUAGCUAUGUCUCUCGAAGAGGAUGAGCCUGAUGAGGACGAGGAUGAACAUGGUGGUGUCAAAAUGAGCGAAGCUCAGAAAAAAUUCCUCAAAGGAGCUGCCAAAUCCUUGGCCAGGACGUACAUGAUGGAAUUUGGCGGAAUGUCCAGUGAAGAUGUUGAAGAAUUAUUCAAGGAGAGCGAAGAAGAAUCACCUACAGUAGAAGUUACUCAGAUUGACUUUGAAGCUGGGCAGAAGAAAAUCCCAGAGGAGAAGAUUGAAAGUAUUUCCAGUGAUUCUGACUCGGAUUUAGAAGAAGUUCCAAUGGAAGAAAAUGGAAGCCUGGAAGUUGUGAUAAAUCCCAAUGAGAUCAAGGAAUCCUUGGAAGAUGAUCUGUUCUCUGACAUCUUUGCCAAAGAAGAAGAAGGAGUUCCGGUAUCUGAGACAAAUAGUUCAGAAGUUGUGAAGAAUCCUGAAGAGAUUGCGACAUCUUUGAAGCCUCUGGAGAUUGCACAGACAGAAGAUCCUCUUGAAGUGAAAAAUACUCCAGAAAUUGUGGUAGAUCAGAAGGAAGUGGAAAAGAUUUUCAUAGCUGCGAAGGAAGCAGAGUCUCUAAAGAUUCCAGAUCAGGAUGUCAAAGUCUCAGAAGAAACCCCGGAAAAGGAGGAAGAGACAAAAAUCAAACUUCCAAUUGAGACUCAAUUGGACACUCAAAGACGUAUCCGUGAAGAACUUAGGCAGCAGAAGGAAGAAACAAAAAUCAAACUUCCAAUUGAGACUCAAUUGGACACUCAAAAAAGUAUUCUCGAAGAACUAAGGCAGCAGAAAUACUCUAUUCCCAGUAUAACUCUCGAUGAUUUGGCCGUUGGCCAGGAGGACGCUAUCAAGGAAGCAUCUCAAGGAAUAAUUGAAAUUUCCGAUACUGAAGAAGAGAAAACGCCGACAAAGCCGAAGAAAUCUCUCGAUGACUAUUUCACAGUGACUCCUGGACGACAGAAGGAGAAGAAAGAUGAACAAUCUGAUGAAGAUGUUCCAAAAGUAAAAUCACCAUUUUUUGUGAAGAAAUCUCCAAGAUCAGAGAAGAAAUCACCUGGAAAACUGUCUUCAGCAGAGAAGAAGCCAAUUGUGGCUAAAGAACUCUUUCCGGAAAGUGGCAUCAAGAGUCAGGAGCCACUGGAGUUGACAGAGGAGAAUAGAGAGAAAUUGAAGGAGAUGCGUGAAGAUUUUGCCAAAGAUGCAAAACAACUUGAAACUGAGAGGAAUAAACAGGAACGUCUUGGUGUUUCCAUCACGGACAAAAUGAGCCAUGAAUGUAAGGAACUUCUGAGACUUUUUGGCAUACCCUACGUUGUGGCACCGAUGGAAGCUGAAGCACAAUGUGCAUUUAUGAAUGCCAUUCAGUUGACUGAUGGAACAAUUACAGAUGACAGUGAUAUAUGGCUAUUUGGAGGGCAAACGGUGUAUAAGAACUUCUUUGAUCAGCGAAAGCAUGUCCUAGAAUACAAAAUGGAGAAGAUCGAGAAGCUCUUCAAGGUGGAUAGGAAUAAACUCAUUCAGAUGGCCAUGCUAGUUGGCAGUGACUAUACGAUAGGGAUAAAUGGGAUUGGAGCUGUGACGGCUCUCGAGAUCCUCGCACAAUUCCCAGGGACAGAAUCAUAUGAUACAGAUGUUGCAAGACUGUCUGGACUUAAGAGUUUCAAAGAAUGGUGGUAUGGAAGUCGCCAUACAUCGUCCAAGAGGAGUGUUCUCAAGGGAAAACUAAAUAAUAUUGUGAUAACUGAUGGUUUCCCUAGUAUUCAAGUCCUGCAAGCCUAUCUCUAUCCUGAUGUUGAUGAUAGCAAAGAAGCCUUUGUCUGGGGAAGUCCAGAUGUUGAGAGUAUUCGUGAGUUAGCCAAGAAGAAAUUUGGCUGGCCAAGAUCCAGAACAGACGAACUCUUGGAUCCUGUUCUGAAGAAGCUCAAAGAUCGAAAGGUACAGCCUUCAAUCAAGAACUACUUCAAUAUCCUCACGCCUCAUCAUACCACAGAGAUGAAGGUCAGCAAGAGAGUUCGAAAAGCCAUAAACAGCUUAUCUGGAGAGACAUCUGCACCCUCAGAGGCGGCAGAGGAAGAACCCAAGAAACCCAGGAAAAGGGCAACGAAAAAAAGUGAAAAUGGGAAGAAGGAAGAAAAAGCCCCGCUGAAGAGGAGGAGUACUGAACCAAUUCCAAGUACAAGCAGAGGAAUUGAGAAGAUCCCAAGGAUUCCAAAUACUAAGUUGAAAAUACCGCAACGUGAAAAGGAUCAGAAGGAAGCUCAGGAUAAAAUGAAGAAAGCUAUUGAAGUGUUUAAGAAGAAGAACGCAUGAAUAAACCAAGUGAUUGCA